AGUGAGCCUGAGUUGCCCUGGGAGAGGAGAAGCCGUACAUGACACAGCUCGCUGUACCCGUAGGAGCAACUCUUGUUUUGUAGGUAUAUGUGUUAUGCUGUGUUUUCAACUGGCCACAGAAGACAUGCUCUCGUUUAAGAUGCUAAACGCUCAACUUAAUCUGGAAAGUUAGAUCUACAUUAUACAUCGACCAUUUUUCUGUGAAUUGUCUUGAAACAUAUGCAGUGACACAGUUAAGUCACAGUAAAGACCAAUGCAGCAUUUCUAGCUCUUUGGCUAUAGCUUUUACGGGCAUGCCCUUUGGAUCUCAACAGGACCUUUGUAGAUUAUUGUCAAGUUUUGGCAUUUGUGUUGUGUAAUACUACAUAUGGUAUGACAAUGCAAAGUGCACCUUUUCUUCAUCACUCGAUGGUUUUGUUUGCUGUAACACUUUUAUUCGUCCGUUAAACCAUAAUGUGCGCUUCAGGUGUUUUCUAAAGCAUACUUGUAACAUGACGGACAACGGCUUUGAUGUCACACACACACAACUGGAUAUUGAAGGUUACAAGACUGAAACUUUGCAUCUAAGUGUUGAUGAUAAGCUGUGCAUAGAGAGACAGAGAAAACACAAAAGACUUAAACAUCCAAGAGACAGAUCACAGAUAUCUCGAGGGUGUGAACGGGUACAGUCAGCCCCUGCCACAAAAUCAUGUACUCCACAUUUUCCACGAGAGCAAAUUCAAACUCUUGUUCCUAAACUGGUGAAUGACAGUGAGGAAUGUGCCCUUUUGGAUGCCAUCUCUGUACAAAAAGUUAUAUAUGAUGACUGGAGUGAGGCUGUAUCAGGAUGGAAUCCCACCACACCAUAUCCAAAUUACAUCACCCAAGGUUCUCAUCGGCAGAAGUUGGGGUCGGGCAUUAAGAAGAGCAAGAGACAUGGUCGUACUGCUGUUCGCUAUAGUGAUACAGAUUCACCUGGUUCAUCUACUUAUUCUUUCUGGAAAGAAAUUGUUGAACCUGUGACAUAUCGCUACAUUCCUGACAAUGGUGUGUAUCAGAGCACUAAGGUUUCCAAAGAUGUUCAAGAAUGGCUUGUGGAAAAUAAAAGAACUUUAAUUCGAAAAAAAGGCAAGUUGAAUCCUGAUGUGAAACAAGCACAAAGAUCGCUGAAAAGAGAUCUUGAGAAUCAUUUUAACAAGGACACAGUAGAAGAAAAACUUUCUCUUUUACACGAGUCUAUAUUAAACCCUUGUUCCUCUGGAGGUGCUAAAAACAUUUCUCUUGCUUUCUCUGGAAAUCAUCCUGUGAAAGAGCAACAGACAGAAAAUGGUCCUGGUGACUUGCUAGUAGAUAAUUUCAAUUCUAUACUCAAAGCUCUAGAAAAAGAACUCCAGAGAGAAACAUCUCCCUUGCAAAGCAAAGAGAGAAUAAUGGGAAAAAAUGUGCUCGGAGGAGCACAGACAUUAUGGACAGUAAACAAGAAGUCAAAAGAAGUUAAGGGACUUGACACAUUAAAAACUACAACACAUGUUUCAUCACAACAGCAUAACAAUAACUUUGGGGAUAGCCUUUUCACUGUCACGCCAAUGUCCAAAGAGGAAAUCUUGCUUGGACCUCUAGAAAAGUUAACGCCCAAGCAAAAGAAAAUAAACAAAGCUCAGUCUUUGCAAAAGCUGUCAUCUUCAGGAGUAUCACUGUGCACUGAACCUAACAUUGUGCUUGCAUCAGACAUUCAGUCUCACAUGGUUCAACCUGUGCAAGUCCAUUCGGCUGCUACAGAUUCCUCCAGAACUCAUCCCAGUGAGCAUGCUGUUGCUUUGACAAACACUGACAGUGAAAAAUGUCAAACUUUCCGUGCUUUGGAACAGACUCUUCCUUUCAGUACUGAACUUAAUGACACAACAAAAUCUUGUUUAUCGCAGAAGGGGGCCACAAGCAGUCAUCUGAUGCAACGAGGAACCAUGCGAUGCAAAAAUUUUGUCACUGUUGGUAUCAACAAGCCCCUGUUGUGGACAGACAUCAAGAACCCCUCUUGAAAAUAAUCUAGAUGGACAGUAAGGAGUUUAAAUGUUACUUCAUCCUUGCAUGCUUUAUUUACAAAGAAGAUUCAUUGGGCCAUGGAAGAUUUUGUCCCAAAGUAAAGUCCAAUAGUAAAGAAGCUAUAUGUAUAUAUACCAGCAUAGAUCUAUAUGUAUAUAUUUGAUACUUUUUUCUUACCUAUUUACAGCAACUUUUUUUUAUUAAUGCCAUAUGCCUUCAAAUUCAUACUUGAGCAUGGACAAGCAUUUUAUCUGGAUAGAAUCACUGUCGAGGCAAGAGCAAAUUUUAUCCGACAUCAGUGAAUUUCAAGUCAUAACCACUACAAUUGCACAUAAAACACAAAAAGCUCAAAGGUAUAAGUCACCUUUAAAUUUGUGCAGUCUAUUUGUAAUUUUCUAAAAGUAGAAUGAAUUAUGGGGCUGAGUCUGCCAUAUUUUUAUGCAUGUAGUGUUUCGGCUGACUUUUCUGUGAUGUAGGAUAUAUAUGUACAAUACUGUAAAUUUGUGCCUUUUCUCUGAACUCUGAAUAUUUUCUUUACAAUACCUUUUAUUUUAUAUGAGACAUCACUGCAUUUCAAACCCAUCUUUUACUAUUGUGCUCCACAAAGUAAACUGAGGCAAUAAAGAGCGGCACAUUUUACUACCCAUUCAAUUAUUGUCACAUACAGAUUAGGCUCAAGUGAUAUUGGUAUAAUUCUACUGUUGAAAAACAGACUAUUCUUGUCAUAAAAAUGCAAUAAAAAGUUAAUAUUUUUAAGGGUUUAUUCUGCCCAAAUGAUGUUUUUAAAUAGGAUUUUUUGCUGCUCAUAGGUUCAUAAUUAAACAGCACAAGUUCUUUUUUAAAUAAGUUAUUGGCCAUAUUUAUGAAAACUGCAAUGAAACAGGGAAAUGUGCUUUAUAAAGUCUAUUAUUAGUUUGUGUGACAUAAUGAGUUAAAUUAAUAUUUAAGAUUAAAUUAAUGUAAGCAAUACUAAAAUGGUUAUCAACUAUUAAAAAUAUACUUUCUGUUAAGAAGAAUGUUUUUAUCUCAACUUUUGCCAUUUGUCAUUAUCGCAAACACUAGAUUAGACAUUUUAUAUUAACUUAGAACUUAUUCUAUGGAGUGGCCAUUUACACAAGCAGCUUACAAAGCCUAUUACUAUUAGACCAACAAUAACCAAGACAACAAAGAACAAAACUUAAAAAAAAAAAGACUAGUCAUCAUCAUGCGAGUUGACAGUUUAACAAAUGGGCUUCCACUCAUCUCUGGAAAAUGACAAAAAUAUAAUAAAAACUUGUUGGAUCUAUUGUUGUAAAUAUACAUAUACAUAAAUCAAAUAAGUGCGUAUGGGAGAUUAGCUCUAUAUUUGUGUGUGUGUGUGAGAGAAAGAGCAAAACAUGUGCAAGAAUGCAGACUGAUUUAUGUAUGUGACCUGUAUUCAAAUAUAAUUCGUUGUAAUAACAAAAUGCAAUAUAAGUAUAGCAAUAAACUUUUAAGUCAGACAGGAACUUUUUUCUCCAAGUACUCAUUUCUUUGUAACAACUCUUGACCUUAUUUAGCCAGAGGCUUUCAUUCCAAGGGUAUUUAACACAGCUUUUGUUUUCUUAACAUAUAUUUAACCCCAAUACUUGCUGUUUUUAUAUGUUGCAAGUGUAUUUUUGGCUACAAAUACAAGUAUUUUUUUAUAAAUUUGUAUAUCAUAUACAUUAUAUAUAUGAGACAAAAAGUAUAUCUAUAAUGUGACAGAUAUACACACACAUGGUUUAUUUCAGUUACUUCUGUGUGUACAAGUAUAUAAUCAAGUAUGUAUACGUAGAGGUCCCUACACAUUUAGAUGAUAAGCAUUAUUGUGGGAACAAAGAAGAAGCCAUAAAGAAAAUGCAUGAAAUAUCUCAAACAAGCACCAGCUACUCAAAUGACUUUGUCAUUGAUUUUCUUCACAUUGCUGAAUGGGAUAAUUUAUUGUAUAGAGUUUCUGUUUAGUCAUUCAAGACUGAGUAACAGGCACUUGUCACUGUUUACAAUAGCUAGGAUGGAUGGCUAAUGCAAUAUUCUGGUGACUGGUUGAGGAAUCAACAGUGGGUGUUUGUUGGAUUUCCUUAAAGUAAUCACAAGGUUGUAACAGACUGAUUUUGUUUGAGCUUGUUGAUUCUUCUGUUUUAUGACUUACAUCAUUACUUUUCAUAUGAUGUUGAGUGUUUGUGCAUGCCUGCAUAUGUAUACACAUGUGCAAGUACCAGCAGAGGUACUGAAAU